GGCAGGCACACAGUGCCGGAGAAGAUGCCCUCUUGGGCCCUCUUCAUGGUCACCUCCUGCCUCCUCUUGGCCCCUCCAAACCAGGCACAAGUCACCAGCCAAGAUGUCUUCCUGCUGGCCUUGGGCACAGAACCCCUGAACUGCUUCUCCCAAACAUUUGAGGACCUCACUUGCUUCUGGGAUGAGGAAGAGGCAGCACCCAAUGGGACAUAUCAGCUGCUGUAUGCCUACCCAGGAGAGAAGCCCCGUGCAUGCCCCCUGUAUUCCCAGAGUGUGGGCACCUUUGGAACCCGAUACGUGUGCCAGUUUCCAGCCCAGGAUGAAGUCCGCCUCUUCUUCCCGCUGCACCUCUGGCUGAAGAAUGUGUUCCUCAACCAGACUUUGGCCCAGCGGGUGCUCUUCGUGGAUAGUGUAGGCCUGCCAGCUCCCCCCAGUAUCAUCGAGGCCAGGAGUGGGAGCCAACCGGGGGAACUUCAGAUCCACUGGAAGGCCCCAGCUCCUGAAAUCAGUGAUUUCCUGAGGCAUGAACUCCGCUACGGCCCCACGGACCCCAACAACUCCACUGACCCCUCAGUCAUUCAGCUGCUCUCCAAAGAAACCUGCUGCCCUGCGUUGUGGAUGCUGAAUCCAGUUCCUGUUCUUGACCAUGACCAACCUCCAUGUGUUAAGCCUACAGUGCCCCAACAGCAUGGACCAGUGAGGACCUCCCCAACUGGAGAAGCCUCAUCUCUUACAGUGAAGGGUGGAAGUUGCCUCGUAUCAGGGCUCCAGCCUGGCAGCUCCUAUUGGUUCCAGCUACGCAGCCAACCAGAUGGGGUCUCCCUUCGUGGCUCCUGGGGACCCUGGUCCUUUCCUGUGACUGUGGACCUUCCAGGAGAUGCAGUGGCAAUUGGACUUCAGUGUUUUACCUUGGAUCUAAAGAAGGUUAUUUGCCAGUGGCAGCAUCAGGACCACACUAGUUCCAAAGGCUUCUUCCACCACAGCAGGACGCGGUGCUGCCCUACGGACAGGGACCCUACCUGGGAGAAAUGUGAAGAGGAAGAGGAAACCAACCCAGGAUCACAGUCUGCUCUGUUCUCCCGAUGCCACUUCAAAUCACAAAAUGACAGUGUUAUUCAUAUCCUUGUAGAGCUGACCACAGCUCAAGGUGACAUUCAUAGCUACUUGGGCUCACCUUUCUGGAUCCACCAGGCUGUGCUCCUUCCCACACCAAGCCUGCACUGGAGAGAGGUCUCCAGUGGGAAGCUGGAAUUGGAAUGGCAGCACCAAUCAUCCUGGGCAGCUCAAGAGACCUGCUACCAGCUCCGAUACACUGGAGAAGGCCAUGAGGACUGGAAGGUGCUGGAGCCAUCUCUUGGGGCCCGGGGAGGGACCUUGGAGCUGCGCCCUCGAGCUCGCUACAGCUUACAGCUGCGCGCCAGGCUCAACGGCCCCACCUACCAAGGCCCCUGGAGCGCCUGGUCUCCCCCAGCUAGGGUGGACACGGGCUCCGAGACUGCUUGGAUCUCCUUGGUGACCGCUCUGUUCCUGGUAUUGUGCCUCAGUGUCCUCCUGGGCCUGCUGCUGCUGAAGUGGCAGUUUCCUGCGCACUACAGAAGACUGAGGCAUGCUGUGUGGCCCUCCCUUCCAGACCUACACCGGGUCCUGGGCCAGUACCUCAGAGACACUGCAGCCCUAAGUCCUCCUAAGGCCACAGUUACCGAUACCUGUGAAGAAGUAGAACCCAGCCUCCUGGAAAUCCUACCUAAGUCCUCAGAAAGGACGCCUUUGCCCUUGUGUUCUUCCCAGCCUCAGAUGGACUACCGAGGACUGCAACCUUGCCUGAGAGCCAUGCCCCUGUCUGUGUGCCCACCCAUGGCUGAGUCUGGGUCCUGCUGCACCACCCAUAUUGCCAACCAUUCCUACCUACCACUAAGCUAUUGGCAGCAGCCCUGAAGCAGCCCUUGCUAGCACAGAUCUAGGGCUCCCUACAUACCGCCUUAUCCAUCCUUAACACCAACACCAUCCAUUCUGUUUACCCACCUCCCUGGGCUUUAUAACACUGAUCUCUCCAUACUGCUGCUGACAAAUCCAGAGUCCCUUUUCCA